UUCGUUCUGUGAAUCAGCUGGCUUCGGCAUCUUCAUGCCGCGUGGAAUCUUGCAAGAAACGCUUUGCCAUCAUCCUGGUGGUGCAGCGCGAGGCAAAGAUGAGCUGCAGGAGGAGCUUGCGUGCAAGCCGGCACCGCGAAGGAACGGCUUGAAUGUGCAAGGCCCCGAGGACCUGAAGCUGCUCAAGAAGAAAGGGCUCAGAACAUCCUACAAUGAGUUCUUUGGUGGGCCUGGCAUGCCUGAUGUGCCCAAUUUAGAUGCCUCGGACAUAGACAUGCCGACGGACGCGGACAUGCCACCUGGGCCAUUUGCGCAGGUUUUCAACGAAUCAGCAGAUGACUUCGAGACGCCGCCAGUCGGACUGGAGCAGAUCGAUGCAACGCGCCCGCGGCGGCAGCCCUUCAUCCUGGAGGAGGUGCGGCCGGACAGUGCCAGCCGACGACCUGUGGAGAUCCCCAUCCACUCCCCGGGGGAGGCUCAAGCUUUCGCGGCCAACUAUGCGGCCGCUUCUCACACCCCUGUGGAUGUGGACUUGGACAAGAACCAGAUCAUCCCUGAGGAUCCCAACAGGGCCCAGGACCAGGAGUCGCCAGAUGAGGAGGUCCAGUACUGGGUCAUGGAGGGCUCUGACGGAGCUGGCCCAGUGUUGGUUCGCCACGAGGAGCAUCAUGCCAGCCAUGGACACCAUGAACAUGAACACAGCUCUCACCACCAUGGUGGAAAGGAUGGCAUGUCCUAUUCCGAGCAUGAGGAGACAGUCACGGAGACACGGCAUGCUGGCCAUCAUGGGGAAGGUGGCCACGUCUCUGUGAGACAUCACGUUGUCCAGCAUGUCCACGAGCCGCGACAGCGCUAUGUGCCACCGCCACCCCCACCGGAUGAUGAGCUUCGACUUUUGGAUGAACCACAGGUUGAGCCGUUGCAGCCGAAGAUCAUCAUGGGGGGGCUCUUGGCAAUUUCUGCCCAGCUCUACCUUUGGGGCAACGUCUUUGUGACGCUCUUCAAGCCGAAUCGGGCAGCAGCGGCAGGAGGAUCCCCCAGCGGGCCUGCAGGAAAUGCGCCGGAGGAGCAGCCUCCUCCCCCGCCAUUGGUGCUCUUUGGAGCUGGUGGCACUGUGGGAGAGCCCGCCAGAAGUUGAGCGGGGUGAAACUAGGCCGUCCGUCCGAUUCUGGCUCUGAAAUGCAGACACCAGAUCGUGCAUGACAUUUCUGGAGUUCUUUGUUCUCCAGGUGGCUUGCGCAUUCAUGGCCGCCUGCAGAAAAAACAGCA